GUUUAGCCUAACGUCAGAUGUCGAAAACAUUUCUUCUGCUGCAAGCUUCAAGAAAAAGAAAUUCGUGAUAAGAAUCGCGUAUGUUUUUGCAAUUUAUUUCUAAGCUUCCAGGCGGGUGGGAAACAUUAAAAACGGCCCAAUUCGAAAUUCGAAAAUACCACAAGUAGGUUAAAAAAAUACUGGCUGCAAUCGUUUGAUUAAUCUGGACGAGAGAAGUUCUAAGUUUUUAAAUGGUGGAAUUUACAACCGAUUGGGCAGUUAGUUUAAGAACUAUUCCCUCCGAAGGAAAUGACCGACAACACGGAUGAGUUAAAGAAUAUGCUAGUUGCUUUCCGUGUCUCAGAAUUGCAAAUGCUACUUGGUUUUGCUGGCAGAAACAAGUCUGGAAGGAAAACAGAAUUGCAACAAAGAGCUCUUGAACUCCUCAGAGUCCGAUCUAAUCCGAUACAACAGAAAAUCAGGGAUCUGUACAAAACUAUACAACAAAGCGGUGCUUUGACUGGCGUGCAAGUUCCCAGCACCUCUCCCCAAAGUCAAGAUCUACAAACCGCAUCGGUUAAUAGUAUACCCCAAGUGCAAGCCAAUAUGCCUAGGACAGUAACCAACGUUCAUCCUUUCAAUAGCACUUUAGAUAAUAGACAGUUGUCUGCUAGGGCCCCUAUGUAUCCGCAGAACAUUUAUUCACCGUACCCGCAAUAUUCCACGGCCAAGCAACAGCAGAAUGUCCUAGGAAAUUACCCCAUUCACCCCGACGUGAAAUUCAGGCGGUUGCCGUUCUACGAUGUACUGGCCGAUUUGUUGAAGCCGUCAUCGUUAGUACCAGUAAAUACCCAAAGAAUGCAAGAGGGCACCUUCUACUUCCAUUUAACCCCCCAACAAGCCACCGAUAUCGCCAGCUCGAGGGACAUCAGGCCCGGUGCAAAAUUCGAUUUCGUGAAGCAAGUUCAGAUGAGAUUUUGCCUGUUAGAAACGACCUGUGAACAAGAAGACUGUUUCCCUCCGAACGUUAUAGUUAAAGUUAAUAACAAAUUGUGCCCUUUACCUAAUCCUGUUCCUACAAACAAACCCGGCGUUGAACCAAAGAGACCACCAAGGCCUGUCAACAUAACGCAAAUGGUGAAACUGAGUCCUACUGUAGCCAAUACUAUAACAGUAUCCUGGGCAGCUGAGUAUAAUCGGGGCUAUGCCAUAUCAGUAUCGUUAGUGCACAAAUUGAAUUCUACGGAUCUGCUGCAACGGCUGAAGAAUAAAGGCAUCAAGAAUGCGGAUCAUACUCGAGCUAUAAUUAAGGAAAAACUGAGCGACGAUGGCGAUUGCGAAAUAGCUACGACUUCGUUGAAGGUGUCCCUGAUGUGCCCGUUGGGUAAAAUGAGAAUGGCGACGCCCUGUCGUCCCAUAACCUGCACGCAUUUGCAAUGCUUCGAUGCCUCGCUAUUUCUACAAAUGAACGAAAGGAAACCGACUUGGAAUUGCCCGGUUUGUGAUAAACCUGCUCUCUACGAUAAUUUGGUCAUCGAUGGAUAUUUUACUGAAGUAUUAAAUUCUAUGGUGCUGCCUUCCGAGUGUAACGAAAUUCAAUUGAACAAAGACGGUACUUGGUGUAUCCAACAAUUGGAGAAGAAAGUGGUGGCGAAAAUUGAAAAACCCGCAUCGAUAGCCAUCGAUGAUUCCAUUGAGAUUAUUGGCGAUGAUAUUGAAAUUGUAAGUUCGAAUACGACUACUAUAGCAAGUAGUACCACGGAUAAACCGCCUGCGGCCGAAACGAAAAAGCGCGACAUCGUCGAUCUAACGUGCGAUUCCGACGAAGAAGGAGAACCACCUUCUAAAAUCCGAGCAAUCGCCCCUAAACCCGAUUCGACGAGCGCCACAUCGAAUAGCAACGCGGCCCGCAUAACGACGAGCUCGUCGGUGUCGAGUUCGGGCUACCCGGCCAGCCCGUCCGUCAUCAAUUUGGACAGCCCGUCGCCGCCGAGGUCGCCGCCGCCGCAGCAGCAGCAGCAGCCGCCGCCGGGCGAGCAGACGCCCUCGUCGUGCAUGAUGGCGUCCCAGACGAACGGGAACAACGUGCCGUUCAUGGGGCCCAGCAUAGCGCAAUUUAUGGACUUGGAAGCUGAUCUGACGCCGGCCAACGGAACUAACUUGAGUUAUUCCGCCGCUUUCUAGUUCGCGCCGCCGCCGGUGGGAUUGUGCGGGGGGGGGCGGUUUCUUGUUGUGUAUGGUACUGUUUUGACCAUUGCUUAAGGUACUGGUAGCGGUGGAAAGUGUAUUAUUGAAGUUACGGUUGCAUAAUGAUAAAAUACAAGUGAAUGUACGUAAACAUUUUAAGUUAUUUUUAUAAAAUUUAGGAGUAGAUUUAUAGUGCAGACAUUUAAUAAUUAGGAAGAACAAAAAGUUGUUAUUUGAUAUGAAUAAUAGUUAACGCGGCAUACAUAAUUAAGUUCAACGUAUUCAUUUGUAAGUAAAUCAGAUUUGUUUCAAACUUUUAUGUUUUACCUUAUCAUUUGUGUUAUGACGGAAUAAUUAUUGAAAUCAUUGUAUAGAUGAGACAAAUAUUUCUAGAAAACGAAAUUUCAUAAUUGCUAUGUGAUUACGAAGUGUAUGGUAUCGAAUUUUAGCUAGUUAUUCUAUAUUUUUGUGGAAUUUCGUUUUAAAUAAUUUGCUUCAUUUCGAACGCUUCAUUCAUUGGAUGACUAUUUAUUAACAUAAUUUUUAUAAAUUUUGAGAAGUACUGUUAAAAAUUCUGAUUUUGUCUUUGCAACUCAUUUUGUAUUCAAAGAAAACAAGAUUUUUGGCUAUUCAAGAAAACUAUCUCUAUGUAUCUGAUUUUUCUAGAUUUAUUAAUACAAUUAAACUGUUUUGUUUAAUUUUG